GUAUUUCAUUUCCAUAGGUUCACAUGGUCCUUUGUUGCCAUUACCAAAUCGCUACCGAAUGGGAUCUCGGGACACUCCUGAACUUGUUGCUUAUCCAUUGCCCCAGGCAUCAUCCUCAUACAUGCAUGGUGGAAAUCCUUCUGGAUCAGUUGUCAUGGUUAGUGGGUUGCAUCAGCUAAAGAUGAACUGUUCAAGGGUCUUCAACCUUUUCUGCUUGUAUGGAAACAUUGAGAAGGUGAAAUUUAUGAAGACUAUUCCAGGCACAGCACUGGUUGAAAUGGGUGAUGAAUAUGCUGUAGAAAGAGCUGUCACACAUCUCAACAAUGUCAAGUUAUUUGGAAAGAGACUUAAUGUCUGUGUUUCCAAGCAGCAUUCAGUAGUUCCAAGCCAGAUAUUUGAGCUGGAGGAUGGCACGAGUAGCUAUAAGGAUUUUGCAAUGAGUAAGAAUAAUCGGUUCACCAGUGCUGGCCAAGCGUCUAAGAACAUCAUCCAACCACCCUCUUGUGUGCUGCAUUAUUAUAAUGUUCCCCUGUGUGUAACUGAAGAAACAUUUGUGAAGCUAUGUGAGGAUCAUGAAGUUCUCAGCUUUAUUAAAUACAAAGUGUUUGAUCCAAAACCCUCUGCCAAAACACUCUCUGGCCUGCUGGAAUGGGAAUGUAAGACAGAUGCUGUGGAAGCUCUCACUGUACUUAAUCACUACCAGAUAAGAGUCCCAAAUGGCUCUAACCCUUAUACCUUGAAACUUUGCUUCUCUACUUCAUCACAUUUAUAGAGAAGAGGACUGCAUGUUAAGAGCUACAUUCACCUUGAUUUGCAAGUUUGAAACUACACUUCGUUCACAAAGCUCUAAAGUGGUUGCUCUAAUGUUGCCUUGUUUCAACUUAAUUCUAAUAUCUUUUAUCUUGUUUUAUAAUAAAUGGAUGUUCAUUCUUAAAUACAAAACAGGUUUUUCUUUUUGCCUCUAAGAAGUACAUGUUGUAAACUUACUACAAAGUUUGUAUUUUGUUGGUGUAGUAUCUUCAGAUGUCUAAAGAAAAUCCAGUAGUGUGAACAAGGCAGUGUACCACUCAGACUUCAGUUGUUUUCUUCCAAAAUGGAAAUAUAUUUGCAUUUUCAAUAAUGUUAAAGCUUAGCAAGUAUUUUUCAGUUGUAGUCUUAAUGGGCAGAUAGAACUGUUACAUCAGAAUUUUAAAUGUAGAAUCUGUUUUUCAGUAUGUUAGGUAGUGAAGUAUGUUGCAAUUCUAAAAAUCUUGUAUUUAUAAAAUGCUUUCAUCAGGUUAAUGUUGCACAUACAGAACUUUUAAUAGUAUGGACUUACUUGAUUUAUAGUUUAAAAAAAGCUAACAGAAAAUUAUUACAUAUACAUAUGUAUGGUGUGAAUUCAUGCUUAUUUAAAGUGUUGUUUUUAAAAAACAAACAAACCUAUUUUCCGUCUGCAUUAGCAUGAUGCCAUCUAUAACUAGUCCCACCAUAGGGGCCUUUUUAAAAUUAAAAUUGCAAGCCUGUAUCAAUGUGUUCAUCCUCAUUUUCCAUAACUUUAAAUUUAAAUCUUUGGUGUUAACAUAUCUUCUUGUUAUCUUUUAAAAUAGUUAUUAGGACUUAUUAAACUUAGAAAAGUUGGCUAGUUGAGAACAGAAGAUUGAUCACAAUAGAAACCAAGGUGGUGGAAAAAAGUUAAAACAAAAAAAAAAAAA